GACGCUAGUCACAAUCCUAACACAAAUCUAAACACAUUAUCGAGCUUACGCGAAGCUUACACCAUUUAUUACGUUUUACCAUCGAUUAAAACAGAUAAUUACUAUGUUAUGCGUUAACUCAUUACUUGAUGGUGAUUAAAACUUUAGUGGUUCUGUUAAAAUGAAAGCGGUUGCGAAGUUGUUUGUAUUUGUGUUGUGUUUGGAGUGUCUUUUUGCGGAAACUCCUAUUAUUGGUGGUAUUUUUGACUAUGAUGACAUGGACUCAAAGGCAGCUCUUCUCGCGAGUGCGAAACGAUUCGAGUUUGCAGCUUCGAUCAAGGAUGUGUCGAGGCGUGGGGCAAUACUUGAGACCAGUGAACUUGUCUGCCAACUAGCUCAAGAAGGAGUAAUUGGUAUAAUUGACGGGACGAGCGGUCGUUCAACGGAGCACGUACAAGCUAUAUGCGAUGUUUUAGAACUACCUCUCAUCGUGCUACAGCAUAAUGACCUAUAUACUAGAAACUGGUCUCUUAUUAACUUAUAUCCCAGCCCUACCGCAUUCAAUAUGGUUCUAGAAAAGCUGAUUGCAGCUAAGAAUUGGCACAACUUCACAAUAAUAUAUGAAAAGGGCCACAGUAUGAUAAAAGCACAGGAUCUGUUGAAGCUCAGUAAUCCCAUUGAGAAGGAAGCAGUAUCUGUGAGAGAACUGAGCGGUGAUGAUUACAGGGAGGUUCUUAUUAACGCGAAGCACAGUGGGUAUGUUAACUUUGUCGUUGAUUGUCCAUCUAACAAGAUAGAAGAAGUUCUCCUCCAAGCCCAACAAGUUGACCUGAUGGCUGAUGAGCAUUCAUACAUCUUCAUCACACCUGAUCUCUUCUCAGUAGACCUCGCAAGGUAUAGGUAUGGGGGUGUCAAUAUGACAGGUUUUCGAUUGACAAACAUUCAGAAAGACGAAGAGCUGUGGGACUUUACAGCGCGUUACAACGAAGAGACAGGCUACUCUCUCGACCCGGAGAACAUGAAAACAAAGAUCUUGUUAAUUCACGACGCUGUGAAAAUGUUUUCAAAAGCGCUAUCUAAGGUCGCAGCGACGGCCGCCAGCUUAAACUGUGAAUUGUAUGAAUCGUGGACGUAUGGAUCUUCGAUUUUCAACUUUAUGAAAACGAAUAAAGUACAAGGAUUAACAAGAUCGUUAUUAUUUGAUGGAUUUGGACAACGAACUAACGUUGUAUUUGACAUAUUGGAACUGACCCCAGCUGGCAAUCAAACGAUUGGAACAUGGAGCAACAAUGAGUUAGUAAUUUCCAGACCGAUUGUUUCAAACGCUGAAAUAGCAGAGGAGACAAUAAUGAAGAAUAAAACAUUUAAAGUGUUGAUAUCAAAGACGGGGCCAUACGCUUUCGUCAAGGAAUCAUCUCAGAAACUCGAGGGUAAUGACCGUUACGAAGGCUUUACAAUCGAUUUAAUUGAAAAAAUAGCGGACAUAUUGGGUUUCAGCUAUGAAUUCGAAGUGGAAACGGAUUAUGGUACUUUGGACCCUGUCACUAAGAAGUGGGAUGGAAUGGUAUUGAAAUUAAGAGAAGAAAAAGCGGAUUUCGCAAUAUGUGAUUUUACAAUAACUGCGGAAAGACAAAGUGGGAUUGAUUUUUCGACACCCUUCAUGUCGCUGGGUGUUGGUAUUCUGUAUAAAGAGCCAAGCAAACAACCACCUGAGAUGUUUCAGUUCAUGGCAGUCUUCUCAGAUGAGGUUUGGUACAACAUGGUAUUGGUACAGUCAGCUCUAGGGGUUGUGAUGAUUUUCGUUGGCCGAAUUUCUCACAAGGAGUGGCAGAACCCAGUCCCUUGCGUUGAGCAACCAGAGGAGCUCAGUAACCAGUUCAGUCUUGCCAACUCAGUAUGGCUCAUCAUCGGUUCCGUUAUGCAGCAGGGAUCUGAAAUUGCACCAAUCGCAUUAGCUCCUCGAGUCAUCACUAGUGUCUGGUGGUUUUUUACAAUGGUGAUUGUUGCAUCUUAUGUCGGUACGUUGGUCGCUUUCCUCACAAUUGAGAAGAAUGUGAUGCCUUUCCAAACAAUUGAAGAACUAUAUGCACACAAAUCCAUUAGUUAUGGAUGCAAAAGCAAGGGAUCUACAAAACAAUUUUUCCAGGAUUCAUCAAAUCCAAUCUAUCAAAAAAUGUACGAAAAAAUGCGUAGAAAAGGAUGGUUGGUGCAAGAUAACGAUAUCGGUGUUGAUCUGGUUGAAAAUUCGACGUAUGCAUUUUUCAUGGAAUCUACAUCAAUAGAAUAUGUAACUGAGAGACAUUGCGAUUUGCUCCAGAUUGGAGGUCUACUAGACUCGAAAAGCUACGGGAUUGGGAUGAAAAAAGGGUCUCCAUAUAAAUUCCUAAUAGAUGGCGCGCUAAUAAAGCUUAAAGAAACAGGAGAAAUACAAAAACUGAAGGAUAUUUGGUGGAAAGAAAAAAGGGGUGGUGGAAAAUGUGGAGAGCAACGCAAAGAUGAUGAUCAACAGCUGGGAAUGAAACACAUGAUGGGGCCAUAUGUUGUUCUGGGUGUUGGAUGCUGUAUCGGUAUUGUAAUUAGUACGUUGGACAUGCUUUGGGGUGUCUUUAAACGAUCUGUCAAAUAUAAGACAACGUUCAAGUACGAAUUAAUUGAAGAAUUGAAGUUUGCUAUCAAGUUCAACGGGGAUAUAAAGCCAGUGAAACGUCCGCCCAAAAUGAGUGGUAGUGUCGAAGCGUUGGCAGAAGAAGAAGCAAAAGAUGAAGUGAGAUCACUUCGAUCUAUACGUUCGUCUGAUACGAACAAGACUCACCAUUCUCAUAGGUCGAGGCAUUCUUCUAGCAGUCUCAGUGUUGCGUUUGCAAGGCGAAGAGAUUACUCUUAAGUCAAUGUUUUUAAAAUAUAGAUACUUUUAAUACUAACACCGAUAGGAUUGUUCUGCUUAGCACAGCGACACAUCGAAAUUUGGGAAAAAGAUGUCGUGAUAAAUCAAUAGGAUAAAAGAUACAGUAAAUGUUUUUCAUUCACGCUUAUAUGAAGGAUAUGAUUGUAAUAAUAAAACCUAUUUCCAAUUUAUAUAGAAAUUACAAUCUAUGCGGAGGUUGUGGUACCGUUAAGUUCAAUAAAGAGGCUUAUUCCAUCGUCAAGUUAGUAGAGACAGAAAUUUAUUUACUCUUGUUAUAUUAAAAAAAUAAACAACAUUUAAUCCUCAACUUUUACACUCUGAAAUAAAUAAUAGAUAUAAUCGAUUUUAACCGGUAAUAACAGUUAAAUUUAACCAGUUUGAAAGGGCUUCACUAUUGAUGCAAGAAUUUGUGGUGUUAUGAAGUUAAAAAUAUGUUAGUUAUAUAUAUGUUGUCUACUCAAAUAUAUAAUGUGGAUGUUAAAAAUAAAGCUUAAGAAAAUAGCUACUAUCUUUGCAAUAAUUAGUUAUUUUAUCUUUAAAAAAACUGCGGAUUCUUUUUAAGUUUUUGACGUACUUCUCGUGGAAAAUUAGCAUAUAUGGUACACGUACGCUCGUUUGUCCUCCUGUUGCAUAAAAAAAUGAAAUAUUUAAUAAUAUUGAUAAAUACAAGGGUAUUAUUAAAGUACAAUAAUAUUGACACACUUUUUACAAAAAUUAUCUUGCCCCAAACUAGGCAUAACCUGGACUAUGGGUACAAGACAGCGAUAUAUUUAUUACAAUAUACUUACUUAAACAUACGUAAAUACAAAUAAAUAUCCAUCACUCGGGAAAAAAACAUUCAUAUUCAUAAUUUAAAUGAUUGAAUCGGAAUUUGAAUCUGGGACCUCUAGCUUAGUAGUCAGGGUCACUAUCCAUUCGGCUAUAUUGGUUGUCUAUCGCCGUAUAUCUAUUACAAAUCGUUAUAUCAAUUUGAUAGUGUUAUAAUUAAUUAUAUCUUACUACUUGCAACUGCUUACGCUUCAUUAUGGCUGAUUCUCAUUGUGAAACCGUAGUGCGGCUUAACGUAGAGUAUUUGUUAAGCUAGACGAGAGAUUGUCUCCAGAGAAUCUAUAAUAUUUCAAUUAUUUCAGAUUAUUAUUCCUUUGAGAUGAAGGUAAUAAUACUCGAGUUAAAAUCUUGUUAUAAUAUCUUUAAUAUUACCAUAAAUCCACAUUCAUUAUAAAAAUAUUCAAAUAAAAUAUGAUAACAUAAUUUUAUUGACGAUGCUGGACUCGAACCCACGACCUCUCGCGUUCCGUGCGAGUGCUCUGCAAACUGAGAAAACUGUACGAGUGACGUAUCGUCAUAAAAUCUUGUAUGCUUGGUUCAACUCUCAGGUUGUAGCUUCAUUUACAGGAUCUACUUUACAGUUGAUAACCUGCUCAAACCCAAUAUUUGCAUAUUAGGAAAUUGACUUGAGAUGUUGCUCUUGUAAAUCUAAAUAAUUUGUUAUGUUCUUAAAGUGAUAAGCCUCACUUCUAGGAUUAACACACGAAUAAAAUUUGAAAAAAAAAAAUUAUGAACGAUGCGGGACUCGAAUCCACGAUCUCUCGCGUUCCUUGCGAGUGCUCUGCCAACUGAGCCAACCGUUCGAGUGACGUAUCGUGAUAAAAUCUUGUAUGCUUUGUUCAACUCUAAGGUUGUGGCUUCAUUUUGUUUUCAAAUUUUAUUCGAAAAUUAAUCCUAGAAGUGAGGGUUAUCACUUUAAAAACAUAACAAAUUGUUUAUAAAAAUAUUUUUAUGUAUUGUGUGCACUGCUAAAAUUUGCUUAUUUUUAGUGUACAACAAAACAUAUAUUUGGUAAUUGUUUUCUGUUCAAGUCCGCACAAGCUUAAAGAUUUAUUAACUUCUUUUGUUUUAUGACAUAAAAGUCUUCCGCAGCGGGAAUAUAUUUUACUUGUGAGUAAAUUAUUGUAGGCGCAUAAAAAUAUAAUUUCUGUUAAA